AUGCGUCAUAAACAGGACAUCAACAAAUGGCAUGAGACUCAAUCAUCCAACCUUCCAGUGCAUCAGUUAGAGCGCGCACUCAGUCCAACUCUGUUCGACCGAUCUCCUCCCAGAAGAACUUCGAACUCUGUUGCUGGGAAGUUGACAUCUCAGGGCAGGCAGCCGGGCACCAUCUCCGAGGAUAAAAGGAAGUCAAGGCAGUCGGAGGACUCGGAGGAGUUAAAAGAGUCAUCGAAGGCGAGCACCGAGAUGGAAAGCCAAUUUGGUGAACACAUUGACGAAUUGGUUAAUGAGAUGACGGAAGACGGUCAAAAAAAGCCUGACAAGAGCGACAUUGCCGCUGCCGCCCGCAGCGCCAUCAGUCAAGCUCAAAGGAUGACCACCAUCUCCCCAACCCCCACAAUGCGGGCUAUUGUAAAAAGCGCCCGCGCUCACCUUUCUUACGUGCUUGAAAUGCGGAAAUUGGGCAUGCGGGGUCUAGACUGGGACGCCAAGAUAAAUAUCCUUGACAUUAUUAUUUACUUGGCGGAAGAUGAGGUACAAGGCCUGAUGUAUGAAGACCUACGAAAGCGCACAAACCCCGAUGGGGAGGAAGACCAUGUGUUCGUUCCUGUUCCAGGCCGAUUAGGGUUGAUUCGUUCGAACUUCGGGUCAAAUCUCCCUAGAAGUUCUCGUGGCUCAAACCGUGAUCUCAACAAGAAUCACCAGGAGGAAAAAUUACAGACGGUAUCCGAAGCUCCUUCUCCAGCACCCAGUGUUGCCACAGAUUCCACCAAGGAGAGCGGUGAAAACAACAAGGAGCGUGACGGCGAGGACGACUCGAACUAG